AUGCAUCCCCGCAACUCGUUUGCUGCUUACCUGGAAGUGGUGAAGCUGCAGAGCCAGCCUUGGACUGACGCUGAGGUGGACGCCAUGCAAGGGUUGCGCCUCAUAGUGAAGGACUCGCUGCCCCACCCCGAGCCUCAGGACCUGAAGCUGAAAAUCCAGGCCCAGUUGAACGCGGAGCGUUUAACCAUCCAAUCUCAAUUGAAAGAGGUAGCUCGAACACUUGAGAAUCAACUGGAGUCGGCCCACACGCCCAUCAUUGGCAUCAGCAGCGACGGCACCGUCACCGAGUUCAACAGCAAGGCCGCCCACAUCACGCGGCGGUCCAAAGUUGAGGUGCUGGGGAGCAACUUCUUUGCGAGCGUGCUCGCUCCCGAGUCUCACGCGCACUUCGUGGCUGCUAUUGAGGUGCUGGCGGAAGGGGAUGAUGUUCAGCCGUUUGAUGUGGCUCUGCUGGCGAGGUCGGCUGAAUCUGCUGACGCCGCCGCCGCUGCUGCUGCUGCUGCUGAUGCUGCUGAUGCUGCUGCUGGUGGGGUUGGUGGUUCGGCAGCAGCAGGAGGAGCAGGAGGGAGAGGAGGAAGGGGUGGAGGAGGAGAGGGAGGGGCGGUGGGGGAGUUGGAUCGGCUGGUGCAUGUGCUGGUGAGCGCGUAUGGGCAGCACGACCGGCAUGGCAACCUGAUGAGCGUGCGGCUGAUGGGGCAAGACAUCACCGCGCUCAAAGUGCUGGCUGGGGAGUACAAGAUGCCCGAGGCAGAGGCUCGGGCAGCUGUGGACCAAUCAGAUCUGUUGGUUUUCACCGUGGACGAGUGCGGGCGGGUGACCGAGUGGAACGCUGCCAUGGAGCAGACCAGCGGGCUGCCCCGAGAAAAAGUUGUGGGCAGGCGGCUUGUGGGGGAGGUGCUUAGCAGCAAUCCCAUGCUGCUCAUUCCCGAUCAGGAUAACUUGGUGAUGUUUGAGAUAGCACUCUGCCAGGCACUCAAUGGGAGGGACACGAGGAACCACGAGCUGCAGCUCAAGACGUGGGACGGCCGUCCCAUGGACACGCUCCUGCACAUCAUCAGCAGGCGCUCCCCCACAGGCGAGCCGGUGGGAGCAACGUGCUUCAUGCAAGAUGUGGUGGAGAGGAGAGCAGCGGAGAAUGCAUCGGCGAUGAAGAUGGUGGCAGAGGCGGCUAGCCAGGCCAAAACAAUGCAGCUGGCGUGCCUGUGCCACGAGCGAGGUGAAACGAGGGUUGACAGGGCAGCAGAGAAUGCAUCGGCAAUGAAGAUGGUGGCAGAUGCGGCGAGUCGGGCCAAAACCAUGCAGCUGGCGUGCCUGUGCCACGAGUGCGGCAAUGUGUUGGACCUGAGCAAGCUAGAGGAGGGCAAGCUGGAGGUGGAGAGCGAUCUAGCACUGUUAUUCACUCCUUAUCACCCCUCUGCAUCCCUCGUCACAUCUUCCCACCUGUCCGUAACUGUUCUCCCCAACAGCAAGUAUCUUCGCCGUGUGGUGGACAAUGUGUUGGAUCUCAGCAAGCUAGAGGAGGGAAAGCUGGAGGUGGAGAGCGAGCCAUUUGAGCUCAUCCACGUGGUGGACGCCGUGAUAGCCCAGUUGGAGGUGGAGAGCGAGACGUUUGAGCUCAUUCACGUGGUGGACGCCGUGAUAGCCCAGGAGCAUGAGAACGCGGGGGACAAGGGUCUACAAGUCUUCUGCUCGGUGGAGCCGCAGUGUGCCGACGUGAUUGUAAAGGGCGACAAGCACCGCGUGCAGCAGAUUGUAGCAAAUUUCUUCCGUAACGCUGUGGAGUACACCGAACAAGGCUGGGUCGAGGUGCAGCUCUAUAAGGCAUCUGGCGAAGCGGCUAAUAACGAGUACGGAAGAGACGUGCUGGCCGGAAGGCUCGUGCACGGGCAGCAGUCCGGGCAGCGGAGUGGGCAGGGCCGAAACGUUUCGACUGACGAUGCGGAGGAGAUGUUUCCGUUUGUCUUCUGUGUGGCGGAUUCAGGGCCAGGGUUGAGUGAGGAGCAGCGGCAGCAUGUGUUUUCGGGCAUGGAUCCCAGCUUAGCACCAGCCAUCUCUUGUGGCGCUUCCGACACUGAAUCGCGGUGA